CUGACAAGUAUUUUAAGAGUGUCUGCCAGAGUUUUAUUUUUCUUGCUAACUUCCGAGUUGUUGGAUUCAUCUGUCCUUUUCCUUCUCCUUACACUGAUUUUAACGAAAAGACCAACCGUGAAACGACGAUGAUCGCGCGGCGGAUCUGGCGGAGCCAUCGGUUACUCCGCCCAUUCAGCUCGUUUUCUGUUUGCGCUCCACCGUUGCGAGUUCCGGAGUAUCAUUCUCAGUCAUUCGCCUCUCCGACUUCGCGCCCGUUCCUUGUUCCUUCUCUCUCUUUGAUGAAAUGGUGUGGAGGAAGUAGAAGCUGGUUUUCGAACGAAGCCAUGUCCAUAGAUUCAAAUGCAAGAGGAGGGUUCAUUGAUGUGCCACUUGCACAAACUGGGGAAGGUAUUGCUGAAUGUGAGCUUCUCAAGUGGUUUGUCAAAGAGGGAGAUCCUGUGGAAGAGUUUCAGCCACUCUGUGAAGUUCAGAGCGAUAAAGCAACCAUUGAGAUAACUAGUCGUUUCAAGGGUACAGUAGCUCUCAUUUCACAUGCUCCAGGGGACAUCAUCAAGGUUGGAGAGACUCUGGUUAAGCUGGCUGUAGAAGACCCCCAGGAUGGUCUUCUAGUAACCUCUGAUUGUCCAAAAAUUGAAGAACCAAGCUGUUCAAAGCAAAAACUAGACAGUCUUGUUGGAGCUCUGUCAACGCCUGCUGUUCGUAACCUUGCAAAAGACCUUGGCAUAGACAUCAACCUCGUGAUUGGAAGUGGUAAAGAUGGGAGAGUUUUGAAAGAAGAUGUUCUUCGAUUCGGUGGCCAGAAAGGAAAUGUAACGGAUUCAGCUCCUUCUGAGAAUGUUGUAAUCAGAGUAGACUCAGUCUCCAGCGACUUUGAAGAUAAGAUAGUUCCUCUAAGGGGAUUCAACAGAGCAAUGGUCAAGUCAAUGACCAUGGCUACAAAAGUACCACAUUUUCAUUUCGUUGAAGAGAUAAACUGUGACGCUCUUGUGGAGCUUAAACAGUUCUUUAAAGAGAACAAUACAGAUUCCACCAUCAAACACACGUUCCUUCCCACUUUAAUCAAGUCACUCUCAAUGGCUCUAACCAAAUACCCUUUCGUCAAUAGUUGCUUCAACGAGGAGUCUGUAGAGAUCAUCCUUAAAGGUUCACACAACAUUGGGGUUGCAAUGGCUACUGAACAUGGCCUUGUCGUUCCCAAUAUAAAGAAUGUUCAGUCACUCUCUCUACUAGAGAUAACCAAAGAGAUGUCCCGGUUACAAUAUUUGGCAACAAACAACAAGCUUAGCCCCGAGGAUGUAACCGGAGGAACCAUAACUCUGAGUAACAUUGGAGCAAUCGGUGGGAAGUUUGGUUCCCCUCUUCUUAACUUGCCUGAAGUUGCCAUCAUCGCUCUUGGAAGAAUCGAGAAAGUUCCAAAGUUUAAAGAAGACGGGUCUGUUUAUCCUGCAUCGACAAUGAUGGUUAACAUCGCUGCCGAUCAUAGAGUUCUAGAUGGAGCAACGGUGGCUCGGUUUUGCUGUCAGUGGAAAGAGUAUAUUGAGAAACCGGAGUUGCUAAUGCUUCAAAUGAGAUAAGAACAAAACAAAGAACAUUCAUGUUUCUUUGUAAAAAUCUCUCCCUAGAAGAGAGAACGUGAAUUGUAUGAAUCCUAAUGUUCGAAUAAGAUUAAGUUUAAUAUCUGAACUGCAGAUUAUUCUCCCAAGGGUGGAUAACAUAUCAGUAAAAUUUGAUUUGAUCAUUCCUUUA